UCAUCAGUGGUAGUUGUUCAGUGUCGUGGUGCGUUCAGGUUCAGCUGUCACGGGUCGUUGCUGAGUCUGGACGUGGUCUUCAGGUUCAGAGGCCGGCCACAGUUGCGGUCGGACCGGAGGGAACUACAAAGAUUCACCUGGACUCAAAGAGGAGCUGAUCAGGUCAUGGUUGUCAAAGGUCAAAGGUCACUGUGACCUCAAAAGACUGUGAUCAGGAGACUGUGCUGCGUUCAGGUGCAUAGACGUUCAGCACGUCAACAACGCCAUGACUUCGACCCAGUCCAGGUCCAGACCUGUUAACGGCUCAGGAACAGUUUCACCUGCAGCUGAACACCUGGACACAUCAGCUGAUCGAAAAUAACUCGUUUCAAUCAGAAGCCUGAGAGAGGCCUUCAGGGUCCCCAUCAGGAGUCUGUUAAUGUCAGUGUUUCCUCUGGAACCCAACUAUAAACUGAGCUGUUUGUGUUUGUUCAGAGAAUCAGGAGGAUUCAGAAUCAUACGACCAGAAGAGACGUUUUUGUUCGAACACAACCACAGCGACUUAAACGGAAACUGUUCAGGCCUUCAAACCAGGUCCUGACUCAGACCCGAGGCCACAAGAUGGAGGACCUGAACCAGGAGCUCUGGGCCUGCUGAUCCAGGACCUGCAGGUCUCUAACUGCUGCUCUGAGGUCUGUUGUUGUUUUUCUCAUUAAGUCCUAAUUGAGUGUCUGUACGGUGUCACGAGCCGGAGCGGGUAAACGGCGCCAACAGCGCGUGGAGGACACACACACACACACACACACACACACACACACUCUCUCUCUCCUCCCUCUCUCUUUAUAGAAAUGUUGGAGGAGGUGAUAACAGCUCAUUACAGACGGGCUGUAUAUAGACCCCCCCUCCUCAGUCCGGCUCUGCUCUCAGACCCGCAGCACGGUUCUCCUCCGCUCCUCAAACUUUCUCUCAUGGUUCCAUCUGUUUGUAAGAAGCUCGAACAUUCACGGACUCACUCAGCUUCAUUCCAGACCUCAGCAGCUGCAGCUUUCCAGGACUCUUCUGGACUCUUCUGGAUUUUUAAACUCUGAUCCACCUGGAGGACUCCUCCCGUCUCCUCCUGUCCUCCGGUCUCCUGACAACGGCUCCCGCUGCUGCCCCUCCCCGCCAUGGGCUCCGUGCUGCCGGGCUCCUCUCUGGCCCUGAAGCCGGGCUUCAAGCCGCAGCAGCCGCUCUCCCUGGCGGACAUCAUCACCUCGGACAUCCUGCACAGCUUCCUGUACGGCCGCUGGAGGCACGUGCUGGGCGAGCAGCACCACCAGCACCACCCGCACCAGCAUCACCUGCAGCACGAGGACCGCACCGCCCCGAGCGCGAGCCCCAAGACCGCGUUCACCGCCGAGGUGCUCGCGCAGUCUUUCUCCGGAGAGGUGCAGAAACUGUCCAGUCUGGUUUUACCCAGUGAGGUGAUCAUCGCCCAGAGCUCGGUCCCAGGAGAGGGUCUGGGUAUUUUCUCUAAAACGUGGAUUAAAGCAGGAACAGAGAUGGGACCGUUCACUGGACGCCUCAUCUCACCUGAACACAUCGACCUGUACAAGAACAACAACCUGAUGUGGGAGGUUUUUAACGAGGAUGGGACGGUUCGGUAUUUCAUAGAUGCGAGUCAGGAGGACCAGAGGAGCUGGAUGACGUAUAUCAAAUGUGCGAGGAACGAGCAGGAGCAGAACCUGGAGGUGGUUCAGAUCGGCAGCAGCAUCUUCUACAAGGCUGUGGAGACGAUCCCUCCGGACCAGGAGCUGCUGGUCUGGUACGGAAACUCCCACAACACCUUCCUGGGAAUCCCUGGAAUUCCAGGAGGAGAUGAGGAACAGAGCAAGAAGAGCAAGAACGAUGAGUUCCACACCUGUGAGGGCUCCUCUUCCUCCUCCUCCUCCUCCUCUUCCUCCUCCUCCGGGCUGGGCCGCAUGCGCUGCGUCAUCUGCCACCGCGGCUUCAACUCGCGCAGCAACCUGCGCUCCCACAUGCGCAUCCACACGCUGGACAAACCGUUCGUGUGCCGCUUCUGCAACCGCCGCUUCAGCCAGUCGUCCACGCUGAGGAACCACGUCCGGCUGCACACCGGCGAGCGCCCGUACAAGUGCCACGUCUGUCAGUCGGCAUACUCGCAGCUGGCUGGCCUGCGGGCGCACCAGAAGAGUGCCAGGCACCGGCCCACCGGAGACCCCGGUGCCCAGGGGGGAGGCGUGGUGGUUGUGGGAGGAGGCGGUGGAGGAGUGCACUCAGCUCACUCACCUCCUCCUCACCCACCACAACUGACCGCCGUGCCUCACCCGGCGUCCCUGGUACAUCAUAUACCGACCAUGGUGCUGUGAUGGGGGGGCAGAUGGGCAGACAGACACACAACCAAACUACUGACGGACUGACACAUAGACGCAUCUUUUAACUUUAAAUAAGACCAGAUAUUGGAAACAGCAGUCUGCUCCAACCUGUUGGACUGUCUGGUACUUACCCAGGUAGCCAGCUGAUCCGGCCAAACGUGACGGAGUCUCAGCACAUUUGGCACCAUACUGGUUGCCGGCAUCCAGAUUUGCUGCCCACAUCUUCAGUUUUUCAACAGUUCAAACAGGUUUGGUGUUGCUCUCACCUGUUCAACUGGUUGAAAAAAACAACCGGACUAAUUAAAGCUUGUAGUCAGUGUUCAGAAUGUAGAUGUCACCUUUCUGCACGAAAACCAUAAAUGUUUUCACAAAAAUGGCAACCAGCCAACUAGACUUUCAAGUCAACUUGCAGACAUAUGCUGCGUUGCAGUUACGUCAGAAGUCAGAGGUCAGAACUGGGAGAGACGUCACCUACAAGUUGACGGCGUUCCAGUUGAGAAUGAACGUGGACGUCUUUACAGCUGCUCUGUCAGAGUUUAGACAACUUCAAAACAGAUCUGCUCCUGAAGAACACCUGAGCUGUUAACAUGAGAUUUUAAAACAAACACUUUAGAUCGUUGUUAAAAAGACGUUCACAUUUCAAACCUGGAACAUUAAACCAUGAAGGUGAACUGAUUCAAACGUAUCUCAAACUAGCUGUUGUUAGCAACAGUUGAUAACAACGCUCUGCUUGUUCAUUUCUAGUGUUCACGUCUAUUGAGGAGUUGGAAAUCUGACUUCAUGGGGCGUUCAGGUUCAAACUUCUGACUAAGAACUUGGAAAUUCUGGGUUCGGGUUGAAUUGGACCAGGGUGCCUUGGUUGACUUUAGUGCAUCCAUAACCCUCAUGAGUCCAGAACCAGGCUUUCCAGAGCGUGACGUUACGUUAGAAACACUGACCUCUCAAAGCAGAAUUACUGCAAAAUGUCUUGAUGCUUCGCUUCGACUGUAAAUCACUUGUCCUGUCCAAACCAAACGGAAGAAAUUUGACAGAUUAUUGUUAGGUAGCAGUCCACAGAGAUGGAGACUGCAUUUGGAUACAGCCAAUCAAAUGUUGGACUUUAAACUAAUUAGUUGGUUUUUCUUCACAUAUUCUAACUGGCUGCUUCAUCAGGAGGUCCUGUAUUCAGUAUUUCAAUAAUGUAAUACUGAAUUUUAUCCAGCAGAUGUUCCCAAACACUUCAGAGUGGUUGAAUGCUUCGGAGAGUUUAAUUUCCCCAUAACUGGCACCAUAUUUCGGCCACUAUUGGACUUGGGUUUUGACUACCUGGGUAAUGAUUUACAGAGAAAGACUCCCAACAACCAGACUGCUGAUGAAAAGUGACAUAAAAUCAGUCAGAUCAAAGAUGAACCGACCACUUCCCAGACUGGACCUCCACCAUGGAGGGCAGUACAUUAUAUGCAUGCACACACAUAAAUUAGACAGCAAACAGAUAAACACAGUUACACCCACACGUUGGUUAAAGUCAGUGCUUUAUUAAAGUGUUUCAGUGUCUUUUCAUCAGGACGUGGAGACACUGCUAUAAUCUAUAAUGGUUCAUUUAACAGUUGCAUGAUGAGACAGUGUUAUCCCGUGACUCCAGCUGUUCAUGUCGGUAUAAAUCAUGUAUCAUUGAGAUUAAGAUGUCGUGCUUUGGUUUGCAUGCUAAUGGUUCUCUGUUCACAGGUCGUAAUGUGUGUGUUGAAAACUAGGAGGCGCUACAGUCUGAGCACUGAGGCUCCUUCAGAGGAAUCCACUGAGUUUCAGGUAGAUCGUCCUGCUGGUCAGUUUAUCUGCUAACAGGUGAAAGUAGACUCUAUGCUAAAGCAAGUUUUCAUUUCUGCAAAGCCACAAGGGUUUGUCAUGUGUUCUGUCCAUGUUGGGAGUAGAUCAGUGCCCAUACUUUAGCAUGUGGAGUAAAAAGCCACAUUAACUAGCAGAAUUGUGCAGCAAAAUCAGUUCAUUUAAGAAGAAUUGGUGAAUUCAGUUGUGGUGGCAAAAUAAAUCUUUAUUAACCUCGUAAAUCUACCAAAAACAGCCAUUAUUCCAACAUAGUUAGCCCUGAUGCUAACAUUGUAGCAGCAGAUAAACUGAAUAAAUUAGCUUCUUUUGUCAUGGUAGCUUAAAAAUUUGUUACCAAGUGAAACCAGAUUCAAACAAACAGGUUAUAUCAGCUGAAUGGAAUGUAUCAGUGUUAAUAGUUGGAGGCUGACAUGGUUGAUUUUUAUUACUCAGCUGCUAGAAAUUUGAUUUUAAAUGAGAUGACAUGAAGGCAUCAUUAACACGUAGCAUGUACUACGUGGAAUAAAAGUUCCAGCUUCAUUAGCUUUUAAAAAGGCCAUCACCUUAAAUCUAGUAUUAAUUCAACUUUAGUGUCAUGUUAGCAAACUAGCUAGCAUGGACAGCUGCUAUAACUGACCACCAUCUGUCACCAUGUCACCAAGUUUCUAUCCAUGUCUGCACAGCCUCGACAGACCAAAAGGUCUGUACUUGCAACUGCAUUCACCUGUGCAGUUACCCAGUGUAGUAAAAACUUUAACGUUCACAAUCAUUUUCAAGUGUCAGGGUUUUCCUACUGCCAUGCUAGCUCAUUGAGUGCUAGCCCUCAUGUUAGCUCUUUAACAAAAACCAUAUCAAGUGAUGACACAUUCACUGACUUUCCAAAAUGUAUGACUUGGAUGUUGACAUGAACAAUAUUCCAACAUGAUGCAGCACUGAAAUAGUUCACGUUAGCUUGACUGCUGGUAGGCAUGAUGCUAUAACAUUAGUAUUCACUGUGUUCAGUGACAGAAAACUAUCACAUUAUGUAAAAGCAAGUUCCCAAAACGUGUUGUUUAUUUUAUCUUGUGAGCACAUGAGAAAAGAAAAAUCACCUUUUAGGACUUCCGAUACUUUGUUGUAUUGUUUAAUGUUAGCUACAUGCUAACACGUUAGCAGGGGUGAAUAAUUUUCUUCACAGUGUUUUCAUCACAAAUCUACUGGAAACUCACCAGAUUCCUUUGAAGAAGCUGAUCACUUAUUAAAAUAGGCAGAGCCUGAAAUUUAAGAUAUUUUAAUAUUAUCUUUAUUAUUAUUAUUAUUAUUAUUAUUAUUACUGGUUUAUGUGUGUGGUUCUUAAGCCAUGAGGCCCAAAUUGGGACUCAGGCAGUGUCAGUUGACAUUAGAAUCUAAAUUUCUAAUCUUUGUAAAUGUUUCCACAUGAUUCUUCCCACUGAUGUCUGAUUUCUGUAUAAAUAUGUUGUUAAAUAAUCAAACUAAUGAGAACAGAAAAGAAGAAUCGAUGAGUCCCUUUAGCUGACGGCGGCAGAUCGUUGUCUUUUUUCCUUCAUGUGAUGUAAAUAAGCUCCAAACAAAUAAUGUGAAUAUAAACAUGAGAUGUGCUUUAUGCCCAGAAUUUAAUUCAGCUGUCACUUUAUCUCUGUAUAUGUAUAUGUACAAGGUCAUAUAUGACACAUGUAUCAGUAUAUGAAGUAUGCUAUGUUGACUUCUAUAAAGGACAUUGUAUUUGAGCCUAUAUACUCUUAAUAAAGUAUUACUUCACCUUUA